AUGAACUGUAACGAAUGCAAUCGAUCCUUUAGUAGCCGACAGAGGCUUCAAUACCAUACCGAAAGGAAAGUCUGUCAGCGCCCUAAAGCUACCACUGUUUGCGAGGUUUGUGACAGGGCCUUUAGCAACCCACAGGCGUUGAAGUACCACGUCGAUAAUGCCGUUUGCAAGCGCACCCGAGACGACAACACUCUUUGCGGUAACUGUGGUAAGCACCUAAGCAGCGCCCAGGCUUUGGACUACCACGUCCGCCACCGUGUUUGUCUUAAGGGAAUUUGCCCGCGCUGCGACAACAACGACGAUUGGCACUUACAUCGUUGCCGCCCUUACUACUUGGUUGGAAUUGCCUGCGAGGAACACGGUGACGUAGCCUCGCGCUGUUGCCCCGAGGAAACUGCAAGGCGCCUAACGAAACGAAAAAAGAAGGUGGAUGAGAUCUUCAUGAACUUUGACCAAUACGAAGGCGUUAAUUGGGAGCGYCAGGAACACUGGGAGACUGUUUGCGACGACUGCGGCUGUCAACGAAGUGGUCAACACAUUUGGGAGUGCUUAUACCCCAAAGCGGAGCCUGUAGGCACAUUCGAAGACUACAUGGUGUCAUUCCACCGCUACGUCAAACAAAACGCAAGGGAUAAGAAAAAUCGCAUUAAUAUAUGUUUGCAGCAGCUUUCAUAG